AUGCCACCGAAAAGACCAGCCGCAAGUCUCGACUCGGAUAUAGCAUUCCCAGCACCAAAGCGCGUAAGGUCUAGCAAACCUAAUGCAAAGAACCCUACCAAGAAAACCGCCGAAGGCGGUGCCAACAGAUCAGUCAAUUCCAAAACUACCGUGACUAAAGACGAAUCUACCAUGAAACGUGGUGUAGCUAGGACCGGCGAUGACCUGGUUGCGCAAGCCAAGGCAUUCAAGGAUACCGCACAGGCUCUGAAGUCCCAUGGUGUGAUUGGCGAUAUCGAGUUCAUUUUCAAGUUCCGCAAAGCGGCGCCACCGAAAUUGGAAAGGACCAAACAAGCGAAGGACAGGACGGCAGAUUUGAAAAUUGGCAAGAAGGAGGUGGAGGAUGAGAAGAUCAAAAAGGGGGAGAAAAGGGAGGCGAAAAAGCCUGAAGGGAAGAUGACGGAAGAGGAGCGCAGGGCUAAGCAGAAGAAGCUGGACGACGACUUGGAGAGCUAUUACCAGGAGACCAAGGAUGAAAAUGAAAAAGAGAAGAAAAGGGACGAGCUUGUCGAGAAAAAGCAAGAGCGGGAAGCACUCCAAGGUGAUGCUGAAGAGAAUGCCUAA